AUGAAAUAUCAAUUUGUGAAGUUUUUAUUAAUUAUUGUGCAUCUUUAUGAUGUUGCCAGUGCUUUUAUGGAAAUUUUGGGAAACAAGUCAGCUACAACAAUUCAAUUUAUUGGAAGCACUGACAAUUUUAUACCUAAACUUGAUAAAUCAGCUGUGCUUUUCUUCCCGAAUGCAUUUUAUUUGUAUAAACUCUCUGAAAGUCCUGUUUUGAUCAACAAAAGUCCAGUCGACUUCAAGUUCUUGGUCUAUACUGAAAAGGAGCCGAACUUACAUCCAACCUUAGCUAAAUAUGUCUUUGACAUCACAUUUGCUCGUUCUUAUUUCUACUUUAUACUGAAUGAUUUUGAUUAUGUUCAUUUAUGGACUUACGAGCAUUUUACAAAAGAUAGCUGCAAUCAGCCUAAAGUCAAGUUCCUUAAUAAGUUUGAUAAAUUCACAAUGUUUUGGGAUAAAAAGCUGGAAAGUCAUGAAAAAUUCAAAAACUUUCACAACUGUCCAUUAUUUUUACAUGAAAAGUUUGGACAAUAUUUUCAUUUUGAGUAUCAAAAUCACAAACUUAAGGACUGCUUGAGAUCAGCCAGGAACAUAGACUGCACGGAAAUGUCAAAACAGCUCAUCAACGUCGAAAAAGCUGACGGAAUUUUUGUGGAAAUUUUUAAAAUUAUGUCAAAAAAAGCAAAUUUUCAGCCCAUUUAUUCAAUCAUUUCUGGCUUUGAAGGAGAUGCUGAAGAGGCUCGGAUUCCAACUGUCAAUAUUUUCGUCGGUACACUCAAUAACAACCUCAAUGGUGACUUCUUUCCAACUGCCAUAUCCUUAAACAGUCAUUACAUGUUUGCAGUCACUCCAACUGAGUUUUAUAAUAAUUAUGAAAAGCUGUGGCUACCAUUCGAUGACUUCACGUGGUUCCUGUUGCUGCUCACAUUUCUUAUUGCUUUUGUUGCCAUUUUUGUAUUGAAUUUCAUACCUGAAAGGUUCAAACUGUUGUUCUAUGGAGGACCAGUUCAUUCACCAGCACUAAAUGUCAUUCACAUUUUCUUUGGAAUUUCCCAAAUGAAGCUUCCAGACGCGUCAGUUCCUCGCUUUAUUCUCAUGCUGUUCAUCACAUUUUGUCUGAUUUUUCGGACUUGUUAUCAAAGCGAAUUGUUUGAGUUUAUGACAUCGGACAUGAGAAAGCCACCACCAAAUGAUGUUGAGGACCUGAUUAUGAGGAACUACACAAUUGUGGCUUGUGAUGAUGUUCAACGUAAAAUACUGAAGGAUAUUGUGAUAAGGAAUGACAGCAAAAACAUCUGGAUUCUUGAUUCCUGUCUCUUAAUAUGGAAUUUAUACUGCGACAACUACGACAACGAAGCAUCAAAACUUGCAUUUUUCUUUGAGGAUAUCCAAUACUCAGCAUUUAAUUCAUUUUGUCAAGGAUCAGCUGCAAAACUUAAGAAUUUUCAAAAAGAUGUCAUGCUGUCGUCGUUCCUUACACAUAAAAAUAGCUUCAUCCAUGAAGUGUUAAAUGAAGUCUUGGAAAAGACAAUUCCAGCUGGAAUUCCACAACAUUUGAUUGAGUAUCACACAUCCUUAAUUUAUAAGAAGUAUGAGCCAUUUGUGGACAGUGAACCAAAAGUGCUGACAGUCAAUGACUUGGCAUUUGGAUUUGUUUUGUGGCUCGGAUCUUGUGGAAUUGCCAUUUUUGGAUUCGUUUAUGAGAUUUUAAGAUUUAAAUUAAAUAAACUUAUGAAAGCAUUGGCUGGACUUUGGAUGCUGUCAAAGUUUAUGGACUUGGAGCUAAGAGAUGUUGGUUGA